CCCUCUAAUAUCCUGCUGGAUGCAGACUGUCUGGUGAAGCUGUGUGACUUCGGACUGGCACGCUCUCUCUACCAGAUCCAGGAGGAUUCUGGGAAUCCCGCGCUCACGGAGUACGUGGCCACCCGCUGGUACCGUGCUCCAGAAAUAUUACUGGCAUCUCACAGGUACACAAAGGGUGUGGACAUGUGGAGUGUGGGCUGCAUCCUGGCGGAGAUGCUGCUGGGCAAACCGCUCUUCCCGGGAACCUCCACCAUCAACCAGAUAGAGCGCAUCAUGAGCUUCAUCCCCACGCCUUCUCAGGAAGACAUCUUGGCUAUAAAGUCAGAAUAUGGCGCCUCGAUGAUCAGCCGGAUGAACAGCCGUAAGAAGACUCCUCUGCUGGAGCUGCUGCCUGCGACCUGCCCCCCAGAAGCCAUCGACCUGCUCAGUAAACUCCUCCUCUUCAACCCAGACAAGAGGCUGACGGCGGAAGAGGCCCUGGAGCAUCCGUAUGUGCGCAGGUUUCACUCUGCGGUUCGGGAGCCGGCGCUGGAUUAUGACGUCAUUCUCCCUCUGGAUGACGACGUUCAGCUCUCUGUGGCAGAGUACAGGAACAAGUUGUAUGAGAUGAUUCUUGAAAGAAAAAGCAACACACGGAGGCAGAAACGGGAGACCCUCACAGAGAGCCUUCAACCCUCGGCCAAACAUCCACAGAAUGCAGGCAGUCAGCAGGCCAAGGAGAAGGACCUGGCGCCCGCUAUACCCAGCGCCAACCAUGCUACAGGACCCGCCGGGAAAACCGUCGUUAGUGAAUCUGCCCCCAAGCCUGACAGCGGUGUGCAGAGCAGCCUGCCGCCGGGGCCGAAGUCUCCUGUAUAUAACCCCAUAACCCACAGCGUCAGCCAGCUGGGGUCCGGCCAUUGGCGAGGAGCUCCCCAGAUGAGAAGAUCAGGAAGUCAGCAAAGUCAGGAGCCCACCAUGGCCUCGGGUGCACAAGGGGUCAAUAAGAGUCUGGAGCCGCGGGGAAGGACCGCCCCCCUCACAAGGGCCCGCUCCUUCUCACUGACUCAGCAGGCGAGGGCCGCUGCCCCCAACAACCCUCUGACACGGAAGGAGACCGUGCCCACCGCAACCGUGAGCGUGGCAGCCGUCAGCGCCAGACUGAACCAGCGCACUCCAGUAGUUCCGGGCCGUGAUGUCAGAUCUGUUCAGAAGUUCAGUAAGAAGAUGUUUCAGGGGGCGUCCAAUGUGGGUACGGCCGGUGACCCCAAAGCGUCGCUGCACAGUUACACGCAGGCCUAUGGAACGAUCAGUAAGUCGGCGCUGCAGAACCUGCCGCUCCAGAGCGCUACACAGGACGACAAGUGACGGACAAAGACACUGGGGAGGAACCCACUGAAGAAAACUGGCUGCUGUUGGCCCUGUUGUCCAGGGGCCCGAGCCUUGUCCUGUACAGAGGCAGGUCCUUCUUCUCUGCAGCUCUUGAAGUGCCUUUUUCCUAUAGAGAUGACGUCCUGGGGUCCAUUUCCAGUGGUGACGCCCGUCAUCUGCAGAACUUGUGCCUUGUACAUAUCCAGCCCUGGGAGCACUGGUCAGGCAAUGAGCACAGUGCAGUGAGGUCCGGGGGAGGUACAUCCGUGCGCCUCACACCUUCUGGUCAUGUGAUCAUGUUGUGUUUUAUACUGAUAAUAGAGGUGGAUUAUUUAUUCAGUCGGUCUGGUG